UCGUAGUGCUAUCCUCUCUACUUUCUCCGAGGCACAGACUCUUGUUUCUCGCUGUGUCUGUGUUGUAAGCGUAGCAUGGAGCUCUCAUUCGCUCCCUCAUCUUCUCCACGGUUUCCAGCUCUAACCCCUUAUUGCAAGACCUCCUCUUCUUUUCCUUCUACUUUCGUUAAGCCAACUUCCAAACCCCCCUUUGCUUCUCUCUCAAAAUGCACACAAAACUUGUACUCAAUUGGGCUCUACAGAAGCUCAAAGUCCUUACCCAACUGUCAGAAGAGGCGAAAUUCCAUCUGGGCCCGCAGUCAAGUUGAAGCUGCUGGAUCUGAUCCAGUAUUGACCAGAAUUUCAGAUUUUAAAGAUGCUUGUUGGAGAUUCCUGAGGCCCCAUACCAUACGUGGAACAGUUCUGGGUUCUACUGCUUUGGUGACUAGAGCGUUGAUUGAGAACGCCAAUUUGAUAAAGUGGUCUCUGCUGUUUAAGGCAUUCUCUGGUCUUUUUGCUCUACUAUGUGGGAAUGGUUACAUAGUUGGCAUCAACCAGAUUUACGAUAUCAAAAUUGACAAGGUAAACAAACCUUAUUUGCCUAUUGCUGCAGGGGACCUUUCAGUUAAAUCAGCAUGGCUUCUGGUGGUAUUUUUUGUAGUGACUGGCCUGUUGAUUGUUGGAAUGAACUUUGGGCCAUUCAUUACUUCUCUAUACAGUCUUGGUCUUUUCCUUGGUACCAUGUAUUCUGUUCCUCCGUUUAGAAUGAAGAGAUUUCCUGUUGCAGCAUUUCUUAUAAUUGCUACGGUACGGGGUUUCCUUCUUAAUUUUGGUGUAUAUUAUGCCACUAGAGCUGCCCUUGGGCUUCAAUUUGAGUGGAGCUCGCCCGUGGCUUUUAUCACUACCUUUGUAACAUUAUUUGCUUUGGUUAUUGCCAUAACAAAAGAUCUUCCUGAUGUAGAGGGAGACCGCAAGUUUCAGAUAUCAACAUUUGCAACAAAACUUGGAGUUAGAAAGAUUGCGUUCCUGGGUUCUGGGCUUUUGCUGCUAAACUAUGUUGGUUCUAUAUUCGCAGCAAGUUUCAUGCCUCAGGCGUUCAGGCGUAGCUUAAUGAUACCGACCCAUACAAUUUUGGCACUGAGUUUAAUUUUCCAGACUUGGGUGCUCGAGCAAGCAAAUUACACCAAGGAAGCAAUUGCCGGCUACUACAGAUUUAUUUGGAAUCUCUUCUAUGCUGAGUAUAUCAUUUUUCCUUUCAUCUAGCUACUCCCCCAGUAUUUGCUGAAUCUUGGAUGUGUGAGAGAGAGAGAGAGAGAGAGAGAGAGAGAGAGUUUGUAUCUUGUCAGCUUGUAAAUAUUGGCAUAAGGAACUAGCAUAUGUUUUAUGAAUCCAUCUGUAACUAGUUUUUCUUGCAUCAAAUUCUUAUCCUAUGUAAGGAACGUGGUAGAUAUGUAAUAUGAUACUGGCCGAUUCUUUUAAAGCCUGACCUUGAUAUAUAUAUAGUUGGACACAUGAAGUUUUUCUA